AAAAUACCAGAGAAAGUCUUGGGAUGACACCGACGAACAUAUUUGCCACUGAUAGAUUGAUUGAUGCCGCGUUUCAAAUCUGCAUAAAAACUCGUCAUUAUGAAUCUUUAUCAUUACAAUCUAUCAAAAGAAAUUUGGCAAUGGAAGUUGAUUAUUUAAAUGGAUACAGUCGACUCUAG